UAAGAAUUUAUACACAUUGUUUACUUUCAUGGAUAAUGGCUGUCCUAAUCCUGCAAUAUGUUGCAAACAGGUGAGGGAUUUGUGGUGGACUUGAGCAAAAGUUCAUGCACAUGCAAUCUGUUUGAUUUGGUUGGCAUACCAUGCAGGCAUGCAGUGGCUGCCAUAGCAUGUAAAAGGAUGAAACCAGAAGAUUUUGUGCAUCCAUACUAUAAGAGAGCUGCAUAUGAAGCUACAUAUGGGCAUGAGAUCACUCCUAUCAAUGGCCAAGAGUUAUGGCAGCCUACAAAUGACCCUGAGAUACUUCCUCCCAUAAAGAAGAGAGGGCCUGGAAGGCCUAAGAAGCUGAGAAGAAGGGACCCCUUUGAAGAUUUAGGUAGCACAAGACUCAGCAGGACUGUUGCUAAACACAAAUGCAGUAGGUGUGGUCAGCAUGGCCAUAAUUCAAGGAGAUGCCCAAAUCCAGUGGAGAUUCAAGAACCAGAAGCAGGACAAGGGUCUGAACCAGGACAAGAUCCAGUUGCAGCAGGACAAGGAUCUCAGCCAGUUGAAACACAAGAGGAUGCAUCUCAGGUCAUCAAUGCCACACAAGAUGCAAAUAUCCAGUUUGAUGAAAUACCUGCCAUGCUAAGGGAACAAUGGGAUCAAGACAUGGCAAGAUUGCACUAUGUUCAUGGAGCAGGGCCAUCUAAUGUUGGUGGUGGAAGUGGAUCUGCUGGUGGAUCUGCUGCUGUUCAAGAGGAGCCAUCUCAAGUUGUGCAGGCACUCCAAUCUCAAGUUGCUAAAUGAGAGGGUUGAAGGUUGUUGUGGU